AAACAUGUCAUUAAAGUUAAUUGUUGCAAUUUAGUCUUCAUUACACAUUAUUUGAGCGCUUCAAGCGGUGUGUUUUCCACAGUUGUGACGCAGGGAACUGUUUUAGACGAGAAACGAGGCACAUAUGAAGUAGGUUCUCUUGAUAUUUCCAGGAGAAACGCUGGCUUGGUUACUCUUCUCGUCAGCGGAAAUUUAUCAUUAGCAACAAAAAGGCAAGUUUGCGGGCAGUCUGCCAAAUAUAAUAUGCAAUGUAUCGUUUCACCGCUUUGAUGUCUUUCCUUGAUUUGUAGAUGAGACCGAAGGGAAGAAGAGAGGCACUGUAGAGGAAUUGUCAAAGUUUUGCCUCAGAAGCCUGCUAUGUCCGGUCCUACGUGGCUACCACCAAGGACUCUCGAUAGCCCAGAGCGAGCCAUCCCACAGAUGUCCCACCAAGGAGGGCCAGCCAUCUACAGAGCCCCCAACAAGAAGGGCACAUCUGACCCCCGACCGAAAUAUGGCCUCUAUGACCAGAAUGGAGGUGGAGGGGCAGGAGGUGGAGGGAUGACCAGGUACAUGGCCACUGGGCCCACAGGUGGGCCCAUGCAUCAUCCAUCUAAUGAUCACUAUUACUCCCCACCACAUGGCCUCAAAGACGACCGCAACUGGAGCCCUCACAUGGACAGUUAUGAGCUGAUGCACCGUGGCCCUGAAAAGCCCGUGGGUCAUCACUCCAACAUCGACGCUGACAUCGACUCACUCACUUGUAUGCUUGCUGAUCUGGACAGCCAUCCGCAUAGCUCCAGCACACAGCUGUAUGACAAUGUGCCUUACCAGAAAUACGUGCCAGCGGAUCACUACAAGCCUGCACCCCAAAGCGGAGUGCCUCCCCAGGGUCGACCAUCCAUGGGCUACCCCCCUCAUCCCCAGAACCAGUACCACCCGGCCCCCUCCUAUCCCAGCGAACACCAGGCACCUCAGUAUGCCAACUCCCACCAGCAGGACUACUACUCCUCCUCUGUAGCCCCUAAGCCGUACCCCCAGCCUGUCCCGGCCUCCUAUACCACAGCCUCAACUCCCACCGGGCCCAGGUUCAGCGUGCAGGUCAAGACCGCCCAGCCCGUCACCUACUCUCAGACAGGCAGGCAGGCUGAGCAGGCGUACACCCCGCCCCCGCCUCGCCAGCAUGUGUCACGCCCCCCACCCCAGACUCAAACAGGCCCUCAGGGCUGGUACCCUCCACCUCCCAGCUCCCAAAUUCAGGAGAUGCACUCUGAGGUGGGGUACAAGGGGAGCGGCUCAGGUUCAGGAGGAAGAGCUAACCAGGGUCCUGUGUCCAAGAGAGGUCUGGAAAAUAAUCAAGCAGGCUCAGGGAUGGGACAGAGUCCCACCUAUCAACCCAGCAAGCAGGGGGCAGCAGCGCCCCGACCUGAAGAGGAGUUGGAUAGACUCACCAAGAAGUUGGUGUACGAUAUGAACCAUCCGCCUGCGGAGGAAUAUUUUGGUCGCUGUGCACGCUGCGGCGACAACGUGCUUGGCGAUGGCAGCGGCUGCAUCGCCAUGGAGCAGGUGUUUCAUGUGGAGUGUUUUACCUGCAUCACCUGCCACGCCCGUCUCCGAGGUCAACCCUUCUACGCUCUGGACAAGAAGAGCUACUGUGAGAGCUGUUAUAUUAGCACUCUCGAGCGCUGUUCCAAGUGCUCCAAGCCCAUCCUGGACCGCAUCCUGCGAGCCAUGGGCAAGGCCUACCACCCUCGCUGCUUCACAUGUGUGGUGUGUAACUGCUGCCUGGACGGGGUGCCCUUCACUGUGGACGCCACCUCUCAGAUCCACUGCAUAGAAGACUUUCAUAGGAAGUUCGCCCCUCGCUGCUCAGUUUGUGGCCAGGCCAUCAUGCCAGAACCGGGCCAGGAGGAGACUGUCAGGAUAGUGGCUCUGGAUCGCAGCUUCCAUGUCAACUGCUAUGUGUGUGAGGAGUGUGGUCUUCUGCUGUCCUCUGAAGGGGAGGGCCGUGGCUGCUACCCGCUCGACGGUCACAUCUUGUGCAAGAGUUGCAGCGCUCGCCGCAUCCAGGACCUCUCCGCCAAAAUCUCCACUGACUGCUGACACACCUGUCGUGUCCCGUCGGCCUCCUCAGUGCUCUUGAAGUCCCAGAGUUUAGGGUUGGGUCACCAUCAAAUCAAAACACAAAUCCACUGAGAGUCAUGACUCAGAUCAAAAAAUUAAGAGUAACAGACUUCCGCUGAGCGUAAAUUGGCAUAAAACAAUUGCCAUGGUUCCCCCCGGUGGUGUGCACGUGCUAUUGCAUCUACAGAGGCACAUUCUCGCUAUGUAGCUGUUCAGUUUAGAGCACACAAUUGUGCCGGAGGGGACGACCACUUGUUUUUUCUCUGCCGUCAAACUACCUACAUUGUUGCGGUACACAGUUACACUAUUCUUCACGUUUAUUGCUCUAUUAGUAUGACAGUGACCCUGACCUGCAGGCAGCCAGGGCUCCUCAUGCUCAUUCAUUCAUUCAUGUCGUCACGCUGCUUAUCUAGCAUGUUAUCGUCAUAUUCUCUCACUAUCAAUGAAGGUAUGGAAAGCGUUUACUGAUGCACGUGUGUGAUAAUAAUUUGAAAAAGUGUAAUUGCCCUAGAGAAAGGAGGCAGAAUGACAACCAAGACGGUUGUUUGGUUCUUUCUAAACGGUGCGACUUGUAUUUUUGGAAAACACUGCACUACAGAGUGCUGAACUUUAUCAAAACAGGCAUAUCAAGAGCACAUAAUGCAACUGUGACUGUAUUUAGCAGAGCAUUUUGGUUAGAGAAUGAGACUUUGCGUUGGAAAGCAUGUAGUUGUAGUGCAGUGAUUUUUUUUUUUUUUUUUUUUUUUUUUUUUUUUUUUUUUUUGCAGUGAAUUAGCCUCAUAGGAUAAUAAAUGUAGACAGAAGGAAUGUGUAGUAAACUUGACAACCUAGCAGUUUGUUUUUUUUUCUUGUUGUGCUCUUAUUAAAUGCUAGUACAAUGUUCGCUGGUACGAUGCCAGAACAAUUUUUUGACAAUUACAGUCAAACCCCUUCACAGUUUGAUCACCACAAUAUGAUGUCAGCUGGUCGUUAAUCAAGUUUGAUACAUUUGCUUUGUUGUUUUUUUUUUGUAAAAUUCAUCCUAGAAUGUUCUUGAUACAUUACUAACAAGGCAACUCAAUGAUUUUUUUUUUUCUUGUUUUUAUUUGUUGGUUGAUACUUGACUGUUACAUUGAAGAUGAAGGUGCAAUGAAGUCAAAUGCUUUCCUCUGUCUAAAGGAAAAACAGGGUGUUCAACAGUCACUUAGGGGCCAUGAAAUCAUCCUGCUGUGUUCACUUGUGCUCGGGUUUCAUAUGAAGAACUUCUGUUUAAACCAUUUGGGGGAUAAAAGUGAGGCCAACUCUUAGAAAAUUAAUGAUAGUACAACACCAGAACAAGGAUAGUAUGUAAAUAAAUGAUGUCCUUGCUCAACAAAAAUGAUGUCACUUUUUACGGACUGUAUUUUCUAGAUGAUGAAUGUUGAAUUUAAGGUGCUGACUUUUCCCCCAAAAUGGAUAUAUGGUGUUUUGGAUUUUAACUCUUCACUUGCGGAGUUUGUGUUGUGUUCACCCUUGCACUCAUGUUUUCCAAUUUAGUACUACCGUACUUUCCUAGGCUUUGGAUUUACAGUAUUUAUAUUAAGUUUGGAUUGUGUUUAACUUCCGUCUUUCCGUCCUGAUUUUGUACGUAAUUCAAGGGCUAGAAAUUUUUAAAGCCUUACCUCAAGGUUGUCAUUGAGUUUGAUGAUAAUCCUUUUGAACCUGCGCCUGUGUCUAUGAGCGUUGUGUUAUUUUGCAGAGCCCGAUCAUGCUGAAGUGGUUUAUCAACUCGCGUUUUUUCACCUGUUAAUUUAUUUCAUCUCAUGGUAUAUAUCUGUUAAUCUGUUUUUUUUUUUUUUUAUCAUCUACGUAAUUAUUUCAUUAAUUCAUUAGUGUUCAGCAGUGUCAUUUUAAACUCCAUAAUCAUGCCAACUCGGUGUCAUAGAAAUAUAACUCCUAGAAAUAGCCUAUCUUUUGUUUUGUGCUGUUGUACAGGUCCCCACUUUGUUGGAUAGUCAUCGAACCUCGGUGGCUAAUUUCUGUAACAUUUGAAAUGCUGUGAAUGCAAACUGUUUGGUCUAUAUCCAAGCCCUCGGUACUGCAGCAGACAUCUGUCCACUGAUGAAUUCACACUAAGAGGGAUGCCUUUUUGUACCGAGUAAGCAGGUGGUUGAAUUAGAAAUGCAGUAAACCCUGUGUAGGUGAGUGAAUGGGAGUGCAUGUCUGUGAACCCAUGAGUGGAUGUUCUCCCAAGGCAGAUUGUAGUAACGUAAUUGAUCAUUAAAAUGUCAGUUUUUCAGCAA